AUGAAAUACUUUCAAUACAUUGCCGUUACGGCCCUGUCGUCGCUAUUGGUGUCGACGGUAGUUGCUGACCCUCUCGACGAUGCCAUCGCUCUCUUUCGCCGACAAUCCGUCAAUCUGUCGACUGGUGUGACCUCCGACACAGACACCACUCCUUCGACUACACCUUCAGCAACGCCUACUUCAUCGCCCUCAGCGACACCCACAAGCAGUCCAACAGACGAUGUGAUCUCGACUACCACUGAGAUCAGCACCUCAACGCGUCCUCAAUCUACUACCGCAUCUGAAGAGUCUCAGACGUCGGCGGCAGAGUCCUCCUCCACACCGGCGUCCACUCGCGUACCGACCAGUGUCACUUCUGAGAUUGCUGUCACAUUCACCACCAUCACCAACGGCGUCACUAGCGUCGGCACCAAGACCUCCAGCACAGUCAUCCCCACGUCGACCGACGUCGAUUCAUCCUCGCUAGCCAGUAACAACAGCAGCGGUGGCGGCGGGCUUAGUGAUACUGCAAAGAAGACAAUUGGAGGUGUUGUUGGCGGUGUUGGCGGUGCACUUCUGCUGGCUGGUCUCGGCUAUACGGCAUGGCGCAUCUGGGGCAAGAACCGCAAUCUACACGAUGGAGAUGCCUACGAUCCGAACCAGGCUCAAGAGAAGCUGUCCGGCAGCACUGACAACACUGCUACGCCCUUCAGUCGGACUCUUGAUCAAUACCACCAGCCAGGACCGGUCAACCAGGCUUCCAACUUCUGA